AUGGGAGGAAAAAUGCCAACUCUUCUAAUAACUGAUCAAGAUCCUGCCAUGAAGGUAGCUAUAGAAAAUAUUUUUACUACCUCUACUCAUAGAUUUUGCAUGUGGCACAUAAUGAAAAAAGUUUCUGAGAAAAUAGGUGGUUCUAUGAAUGCUAAUGAAGAGUUCAACACAAGUCUCAAGUCAUGUGUUUGGGGGUCUGAGACACCAAAUGAGUUUAAAGCUACAUGGAAGUCUAUAAUGACCAAAUUUGACUUAGAAAAUAAUGAUUGGUUGUCACAUAUGUUUGAUAUUCGAGACAUGUGGAUUCCAGCAUACUUUAAAGAUAUUUUCUUGACUGGGAUAUUGAGAACUACAUCAAGGUCAGAAAGUAAGAAUUCUUUUUAUGGUAAUUUCUUGAAUCCAAAUGUUAGCUUGGUUGAAUUUUGGAUGAGGUUUGAUUCGGCAAUAGAAGCACAACGACAUAAGGAGUUACUUGCCGAUAAUAACUCAAUUCAUUCUACACCAAAGUUAAUUAUGGAUCGUGGCAUAGAGAUACAUGCGAGAGAUGUGUAUACCCGUGAGAACUUUUACAUAUUUCAGAAUGAAUUAUGGCUUGCAUGUGUAGACCGUGGAAUUGAAAAUAAGAAAUAG